AUGGAGAUGUUUGACCAUAGGAGGCAGUUGAUGACACAUAAUGAAAAUUUCGAUGGUAAGGAGAAUCGUGAGAGAAAGGUUGUUGUUGUUCAUAAUUAUAAUAGUGAGGUGCAUGGCUAUGGUUUGGAUAAUGCGGAUAUGGAGAUCCAUUUGAUGACACAUAUACAUCGUACUCUCGAUGGUAACAAUAAGGAGAAUCAUGAGAGGAAGGCUGUUGUUCAUAAUCAUGGUUAUGGCUUAGCGAUGUAUGAUAUGAAGAUCGAGAAUCAUAAGACGAUGCAUGGCUAUUGUUUGGAUGAUACAAUAAAGGAUAUGUACAAUAUGGAGAUGGUUGACCAUAGAAGAUGUUUGAUGACACAGAGUGCUCUCGAUG